AUGACUGUCACCUACUCGAGCCAAGUGGCCAAUGCCCGUUUAGGCUCCUUCUCCCGCCUGCUGCUGUGCUGGCGAGGCAGCAUCUACAAACUGCUCUAUGGCGAGUUUCUCAUCUUUCUGCUCUGCUACUAUAUCAUCCGCUUCAUUUACAGGAUGGCCCUCACGGAGGAACAGCAGGUGAUUUUUGAGAAGCUGACUCUGUAUUGCGAUAGCUACAUCCAGCUCAUCCCCAUCUCCUUCGUGCUGGGCUUCUACGUGACGCUAGUCGUGACACGCUGGUGGAACCAGUAUGAGAACCUACCGUGGCCCGACCGCCUCAUGAACCUGGUGUCAUCCUUCGUUGAGGGCAAGGAUGAGCAAGGCCGGAUGCUGCGGCGCACGCUCAUGCGCUAUGUCAACCUAGGCAACGUGCUCAUCCUGCGCAGCGUCAGCGCUGCGGUCUACAAACGCUUUCCCAGCCCGCAGCACCUGGUGAAAGCAGGCUUCAUGACACCCUCGGAACACAAGCACUUGCAAAAACUGAGCUUGCCACACAACUCGUUCUGGAUGCCCUGGGUGUGGUUUGCCAACUUGUCAACAAAGGCAUGGAUAGGAGGUCGAAUUCGGGACCCUAUCCUGCUCCAGAGCCUGCUCAACGAAAUGAACACCUUGCGUACUCAGUGUGGACAGCUGUAUGCCUACGACUGGAUCAGUAUCCCACUGGUGUACACUCAGGUGGUGACCGUGGCAGUAUACAGCUUCUUCCUGGCUUGCCUGAUUGGGCGGCAGUUUCUGAACCCAGCCAAGGCCUACCCUGGCCACGAAAUGGACCUUGUCGUACCCCUCUUCACAUUCCUGCAGUUCUUCUUCUAUGCCGGCUGGUUGAAAGUGGCAGAGCAGCUCAUCAACCCAUUUGGAGAGGAUGACGAUGACUUUGAGACCAACUGGAUUGUCGACAGGAGCUUGCAGGUGUCCCUGUUGGCUGUAGACGAGAUGCACCAGGACUUGCCACCGAUGGAGAGAGAUAUGUACUGGAAUGAGCCGGAACCACAUCCCCCCUACACAGCUGCCUCUGCCCAGUCUCGUCGACCCUCCUUUUUUGGCUCCACCUUCAACAUCAGUCUGGAUAAGGAAGACAUGGAGUUUCAGCCAGAUCUAGAGGAGCGAGAGGGUGCUCACUCUGGCGUCACUGGCCGCUUCCUAGGGCUGCAAUCCCACGACCGCCAGUCCCCUAGGACAAACUCGAAGACCAAACUCCUGUGUCCCAAGAAAGAAGUCCUUUCACAUGAGAACCAGCCCAAGAACCUUGGAGGGGCCGGGCAGAACACUAGCGACCAGGAAGACAGCAAGGCCUGGAAGGGGGAAGAUGUUUUCAAGUCCGUGGUGCUCUACGCAAGGUCAGGCUACCACAGUGCCCCACAGACACCCCUCAGCCACACCCCUAUGGUCUUUCCGCCUGGACAGUCAGCACCCUCAAGUCUUCGCAGAAUCUCAGGCAUAGAUGACCCUGUCAAAGAUCAAAGCCUUCAGCCUGCAACCCCCAGGUCCAAGAAGAGUUUUGAAUUGCUCCCAGAGAAUGCUGGGGCCUCAACGGAGCACCCAGAAGUUAUUCACAUGAGAAGGAAAACUGUCGAGUUUAACCUGAUGGACAUGUCAGAGGCCCCUGAACAUCUCAGAGAACCGCAUUUGGGACAAUCGACAAGCAACAUACACACUAUACUCAAAGAUCAUGGAGAUCCUUAUUGGGACUUGGAAGACAGGGAUGAAGCACAUUCCUAG